UCCAUUCAAAACUCAGUGUACAGAGUGCUGUCAAUCGGAUCGGACGUGUUUUUAAAACCCUGCAGGAAGAGUGUGUUCGCGUUCUACCCGCGCCCCGUGUAUUUGUGUGCGUGUGUGGAUUGGUGGUGUUUGUGCCAUUCAGUAGCAGCAGCAGCAGUAGAGUUUUGCCUAGAUGUUUGUGCUUGUAUUUUGUUGAAUGGUAGCGAGCAAGCAAACAAGAAAAGGGUAUACGCACUACUUGGAGAAUGCAAAGCUAAUUUGCAGCCCCGAUAUGCAAUAAAUGCAGCUGCUUUUAUGCUGCGCAAAGGGAGGCAACAUAAUCGUUUGCGAAGGAAAAGUCAAGAAUUCAAUACAUUGAGAGAGAAGGUGGUGCGCUAGUGUGUGAGGUUGAAGGAAGAGCUCAGUUGCAGAGGAAGGAAAAAGUUUCAAAAUGUUGUGAAGAAAUUUUUGGUUGGCCAAAAAUUGUAGCUAAAGAAGGUGUGUGCGUGCGAGUCCGUCCGUCCGUCCGGCUGUAUAUGUGUGUGCAGUUUUUCGGUCACGGGCAGAACCUGGCAAGUAAUGUGUAAAAAUUCGUGGUUCCCGGUUGUCCACCACGAUGGGAAAGUCCAAGUUUCCCGGCAAGCCGUCCCGUUUGGUGAACAAGAAGCGCGUCUCGGUGCUGUCCGGGGCCGGGCUCAGCACCCUGGCCAGCGGCUGCAGCAGCGAUGAGGACAACAACCAGCACCAGGAAAAUUCGUCGUCGACGACGACCACGGAAAAGUUGAACCACCAGCAGCAAUCACCAAUACAUUCGCAGCAUCAGCAGCAACAACAACAACAGCAGCAGCAAAAGCAAAAUCAGCAGCAGCAGCAGCCGUCACCGAAGGCAUCAACGUUAUUAGACAAUGAAGAAAUUGAUCAAGAUGGCGAUGAAGAUGUUAGUAAGCACGCCGACGACGACUCGGACAACAGUGACGACGACGAGGAAGACGAGGAAGAUGAAUCAUCGUCGGGUUACAGCGACGAGGAUAACGAUGAAGUGGCGGACCUCGCGGCGAGUCAACCUUCAACCGGUGAAGCGAAAGACGAACAUGGUGACGAAUGUCCUGCCGUAAGCCCGGCAACCGUGGCUGACAGCAAACCACAAGAAAAGCCAUCCACGACCGGAAAUAGCUUCGAGAUGAAACCAUCGUCGCUGUCGGCCGUGGCCGGUGCCGUGAGUAGUCAGUCUGGGGCGGAGUCAGUCGUGUCGCAGUCUUCUCCGGCAACCAUGGCAGAAGGGUCCAAGUCGACCUCCGGUGAACAGCCCAGUGAGGGAGCAGCCCAGACUAGCGAGGCACCUCCCAAGCCCAAGAAAAAGUCGGUCACCUUCCACAGCACGCUGGAGACGACCGACGAGAAUGUGGUCAAGAAGGUGUACAAUCCGGCCAGCCAACCGUUGACGCCGAUCAUCAAGCGCGAAUGUCUGGCCCAUCCCAUCCGCCUGACCAAGAGCUACAACCGCAAGAUGAAAAAGCGCAAACAGCGACUGGCCAUGCUCGCGGUGGCCUCCAAACCCGAAUGCAUCGUACGACCCUCCCGCCUAACCGAGGUCAUCCUAAAAUCCAGCAAACUGGACGACGCAACCCCGCCCCCAACGACGUCGCUAGUCGCACCGUCCGCCUUUAGCGAUCCCCUGGCCAUCACCUCAGAAACCCCGGACGCCACCGCGUCCAGCUCGUCGGGCGAGGAACGCAACCUCGAAAGUGGCGGAACCCAGUUCGGGGACAAGCGCUUUAUUCUGCCCAAGCGAAGUGCCCAUUCUAGUCGGGUGAUCAAACCCAACAAACGCUUCCUGGACGAGUUCGAGCUGGAGAUCAAGAAGAAGAACAAGAAUCUCGCCGCGGCACAAGCAGCGGCUGCAGCGGCGGCGUCGGCGUCCACGUCCACGGCAGCUGACGUUGCGGUUGGAUCGGCAGCCGGUAAUGGCAGUGGCAGUAGUGCGACGAUGGGGGAUGGUUUUGGUGAUAAGCUGUUUAAAAGUGAUGUGAUGAGCUCGAAAAGUGAUGAAGAUAGUGACAGGAAGGAAGGGGAAAGUGGGGAGGGAGAAGAAGGGAAAAAGAAGAAGGAAAAGAUUAAAAAGGAUAGCGAGGAGCAGAGCAGACGGAUCGGGAAGUUGGGUGAGAAAGACGCACCAUCGGAUCCGUCGGACGGCCCCAGUGAACCGACCCCCGCCCGACCCGCGUCCUCGAUCAGCAUCAACAAUCCGUUCGCGAAAACUAGUCUGCUGGACGCAGUUUCUGGCACUAGUGCAAGCUGUACCAGCAGUAGCGGUACCACGCUGAAGCUCAUGAAACCGGCGGUACUGCUGUCGGCCGCGACGGCCUCCACGUCAUCUAGUCUGGCGUCCGCGACGUCAAUCUUUGGUAAAAGUAUUCUCCGCCAGCCGCGGCUACAGUUCACGACCUCGCUGCUCAACUCGAACCCGCUGGCGUCGGAUGGUGGUUCGGGCGGUGCUGCCCCGGAACGAACCACCGUUUCGGACGGGCCAUUUUCGUUGCAUUUGAAGGCGGGGACGGAGUUGGAUUCGUCCAAGAUAUUCUCCAGCGCGUUGACGGCGAGUGGUGGAGCGAGCGAGGGAACGCCGUCGGGGGCUUCGGGUGCGGUUGGACCGAGUUGCAGUAUUUGUGGGAUCGCCGACAGUGGGCGACACCAUCAAGCCGGGACGGAGAAGCACGGUAUUGGGUGUCACACGUGCCGCAAGUUCAUCUCGAUGAUCAAGAAGCGCACCAAGGGACCGAACCCGUGCGGAGUGCUCAAGUGUAAGAACGAUAGCAAGUGCUCCGUCAAAACGAUGGUUCGACCGAGUCACGUGAGGAGUAAUCACAUAUUCAAGGAACGGUGCCAUGUUUGCUGGGUACGAAGGUGUUUGACCGGAUUUCCGUUGCCACCGUCGUUAAAGACUACGCUUACCCAAAUUCUUCCGCCAAUGAGCAGGCAGGUCGAUUCUACGGCACCUGCUAGUAGCACUUCAGUCAAGAAGGAGUCGUCCAUUGAGAACAACAUAUUCUCCAACUCUCUCAGCAGUGGACUUCCCACGGUCGCUGCUCCGCGGAUACUUUGGAAUACGAGCACGGAAAAGUCCGAGUUCCCGAAGACAAGUUCCUUCCCAUCGCUGUCCAACCCGUUAGCUCAAAACAACAGCACGUUCGGUAGCUUACCUCCGAUCAAGUUGAACAUCAGCGACAAACCACUUAUCCUAGCGCCAAGUUCGUUGGGUAGUCCGAAGAUCGCCAAGGAAGAAAUCCCUGUGGCUCCAACCGUGGAAAAGAACCUGGAAGAACCCGAACCAGUGGCAAGCACAACGAACCCAGAUGUAACUACCAAGGUUUUGCGACCGCGCAACAAAGCCGAACCUGCGACUCCCACGCCAACCAGUACAAACACCGCGAGCGUCAGUUCGCCACCACCGGUAGUCACUACAACUUCCACCGUAGUUUCACCGACGGCCACCACUACAACGUCUACAGCAGCUGUUACAGCAGAUGCAGCUCGUCAACGGAUCGACCUCAAAGGUCCUCGCGUCAAGCACGUCUGUCGAAGUGCGUCGAUCGUGCUGGGUCAACCGUUGGCCAUGUUCCCCGACGACGAGGCCGCCGCCGUCGACGCUACGCUGGAGAACAUUGAAACGCCACCCAGCGAUAGUGCCGCCGAAGGCGCGGACGACGUGCCUGCGGUAUCGCAACUACCGCAACCACCGCUACCACUAGAACCGACGAAGCCCAGUGAAGAGCUGCAGUCGCCGUGUGCGGACUGCAAAGAGGAACCGCCGAACCUGACCCUAUCGCCUCCGGCGACUCCCGUGGCGGAUGCCGAUACCAGUGGUUCUACGGAAAAGGAUCUCGUGAUCGACGAAGAUCGCGUGUCCGAGUCGAGCACGCCGACGAAGGAGGUUGAACCGCCCAAGCCGGAAACGGAGCCACCUGUAGAAGUCAUACCUGUAGCUACUCCUGCACCCGUUGUCGUAAAACUGGAACUCGACGUCAAGGAGAAGAUCGAAGUAGCGCGAAAGAUCGAGGAGAUUGAACGACCAACGACGCGAAAGGCAACUUCCGCCAUCAGGCCGCAAGUGCUCAAGCAGAACAUCAACGCCAUAACGAAGAGCUUCAACACGAACGUACGGGCUACGGCGAUCGGCCAACAGACGGUUCCGGAAGUGCCAAACGCACCACUUAUUUCGAUCGAUUUCUGGGAAAACUACGACCCGGCCGAGGUCAGCCGAACGGGGUUCGGGUUGAUCCUAUCCGAGGAAGUCCCGCUGAAGGCCCUGUGCUUUCUUUGUGGCAGUUCCGGCCUGGACGAGAUGUUGUUCUGCGUGUGCUGCUGUGAACCGUACCACCAGUACUGCGUCAAGGACGAGUACAACAUUCGGCACGCAUCGCUGGACGAAACCAACAUCAGUCUGCUGGAGCUAACCUCUACGACCAUCGUCAACAGCUCACCCGCACAGCAAGCGCUAAACCGCUUCAACUGGAUGUGUCCGCGGUGUACGGUUUGCUACACCUGUAACAUGGCCACCGGAACGAAGGUAAAGUGUCAAAAGUGCUGCAAAAACUAUCACACCACCUGCUUGGGCACCAGCAAGCGACUUCUCGGCGCCGAUCGACCGAUGAUCUGUGCGGCCUGUCUCAAGUGCAAGAGCUGUUCGACGACCAACGUAACGAAAUUCAUCGGCAAUCUUCCGAUGUGUACGCCGUGCUUUCGGCUUCGACAAAAGGGCAACUUUUGUCCGCUUUGUCAGCGGUGUUACGAGGAGAAUGACUUCGAUCUUAAAAUGAUGGAGUGUGGCGACUGUCAACGGUGGGUUCACGCCAAGUGCGAGGGUCUGACCGACGAGCAGUACAACAUGCUGAGUGCCCUGCCGGAAAACAUCGAAUUCAUCUGCAAAAAGUGUGGCAAAAACAACGAAUCUGCCAACGUAUGGCGAGAUGCGGUCGCUGCCGAGUUCAAGGCAGGUCUUCUGAGCGUGGUGAAACUGCUCAGCAAAAGCCGACAAGCGUGCGCACUGCUGAAGCUGAGUCCCCGCAAGAAGACCAGCAACUGCACCUGUCUCGUCAGCUCCGGCAAAAGCAUCUCUUUCUUCAGCUUUGGAACGUCCAAGGAAGAGUCCAGCGUAGCUUCGAAGAAGCCCAAGCUAGACGAAGACUCAAUCUACGAUUUCAACAGCGAAAGCAGCAGCAGCAGCACGAGUUUCCCCCCGGCGACCAAGUGCUACUGCUCGUUGAAGCCGGUGAAACCGUCCGACAUCAGCCUGGUGGAAAUCAAGCAGAAGAUCAACGCCAACGAGUACUACUCGCUGCAAGACUUCAACUACGACAUGAACACGCUCAUCAACUCGAUCGGCUCGGAAGAACUGUCCACGGCGUACAAAGAGUUCCUCAGCGAGACGUUCCCGUGGUUCCAGAACGAAACCAAGGCCUGCACCGACGCGCUCGAGGAAGCGAUGUGCGGCGAAGAAAUGAUGGGCGGUGACUACGGGCUUGUCCCAGCCGGAGACGUCCAUCUAGAGCAGGACCAAAAGGUCCCGAGCAUCGACAUUCCGCUCGACGAAAUCGACGACUACUUUUACGAAUCUUCUGACGUCAAAGACACCCGAAUCUGCAUGCUCUGCAAACAACCCGGCGAGGGACUUCCACUGCACGAGUCCCGCCUGCUGUACUGCGGCCAAAACAACUGGACGCACACAAACUGCGCUCUCUGGUCGGCCGAAGUUUUUGAGGAAAUCGACGGUUCACUGCAGAACGUCCACUCGGCCGCGUCCCGCGGACGUCUGAUCAAGUGCUGUCACUGCGGCGUCAAAGGAGCCACCGUCGGUUGUAACGUGAAGAACUGUGGCGAACACUACCACUUCCCGUGCGCCCGCCAGAUCAACUGUACCUUCAUGCAGGACAAGACGGUGUACUGUCCGCAGCACACGGUCGAUGCCACGCGCAAGAAGUGUCCGGUGGAGAAGAGUUUCGAGAUCAACCGAUCGGUGUACGUGGAGUUAGAUCGGCGGAAAAAGAAGUUUGUCGAGCCGGGCAAGGUGCAGUUCAUGAUGGGAUCGCUGAGCGUGAGGAAGCUCGGCCACAUCGUACCGAUGUUCAGCGAUCACCCGGACACGAUCAUUCCGACUGACUUUGAGUGCACCCGUCUGUACUGGAGCUCGAAGGAACCGUGGAAGAUUGUCGAGUACAGGAUCAAAACAACGAUUCAAAACAAUAACUACUGUCAUGGAACAGAUGCCGGGAAGAACUUUACCGUGGAUCACACGAUGAGCAGUAGUUCCGUGCAUUGGGGACUCACGCAGAUCAACCGGUGGCACAGCAGCUUGAACAACGAUGAGCAAGAGCUGGUCGAACCUGUGGCAGGUAGCUCAGGGCUACAGAAAGAGCAGAAAACAAUGAAGCAACUGCUGGAAGCGGUUUGCGGCCCAAGUGACGACACAAACGACGAAGAACCGCAAAACAACAACGAUCUGCUUCCGCAGGAGAUCAAGGAUGCCAUCUUCGAGGAUAUCCCGCAUGACAUUCUGGAUGGAAUCAGCAUGCUGGACAUCCUUCCGAAGCUUAUGACGUACGACGACCUCAUUGCGAUGGAUCUGAAGAACGAAAACAACUUCAACGCGGAAAUUCUCAAAGAAGUCAACGUUGGAGGUGUCGGCAGUAGUAGCAGCAGCAGUACGACCACCUCGAACAGUAGCAACGCCACCGGCGGAACGAACGACAUGGACGUCGACGAGGACGAUAUCAACGAGGCGAUCAUGAAGUGCUCCGGCAGCGAGCUCAGCAACGACGGCUGGAUGAAGACGAUAUCUGCGCCCGGAAUCGAGGACGCACUGCUCAGUGCGAUCAAGCAACCGUCAACGAGUCGGGAUUUGAAGCGGAGCAAGUCCGUCGUACGCGUCGCUGGGCAGCGAUCGGGGAGUUUCUCGUGGAAUUCGAAGCUUGAAUCGGCGGCGGCCGCGAAGCGACGAAAGAUGAGCAAGUUGGCGGAUGUUUUGUCGCUGGGUCGGAUGAAGGAGGAUGCGAGUGGAAGUGCUUUGGAGAGGAGGAAGUCGUUGCCGAACGAGGAGUUUUCAUGGAGUGCUAACAAGAAGGCUGGAGGUGCUGGUGAAAGUCUGAACGAUGGAAUGAAUGUGUUUGAAAAGUUGAAGAUCUCCCAGCUGGAUGGAAUGGACGACUUUUGCGGCGACGCUGGAGAGAUGAAGAUCUACUCGUCAAACAUGAUGGAAGCCCCGGUCAAGUGUGACCGGUGCCAUGCAACGUACCGGAAUCAGGAGUCCUACCAGAGACAUUUGAACUCGUGCGAAGUGCUGUCUACCAGUGAGAGUGACUCGGAAACGCGAUCGCCACGGCUGCUUAGUCCUGAACAGCAACAGGCUCAAGUGGCCACGCAGCUGGGAGCGGGAACGUUCAUAUUGCCCCAAACGUCGGUGGCACAAACGAUUUCUACGGACAUGUACGGUCAAAUCAGCCAAAACCAUAACGGAAAUCCGACAAUGGUGAUCUCCGGUCUCAACAACCAGACCAUCAACUUGAACAACCUGGGAAAUCAAGCAAUCCUGUCGAACAUUCCAGCAUCGAUGCCAAUCACGAUCAAUCAACUCUCCUCCGGAAUUCCCAUCCAAACUUCAGCCGGCACCCAUCAGCUUCCACUGCAAGGUACCCUCUCGAAUUUGGGUGGAAACAUGAUCAUCUCGAAUCAGGGUCAAAUAUUUGCCCAACCCGUCAACUUCCAGCAGACGCUCGAUAACCAGCAAGGUUUCGUUCAGAACAAGCAACGAUUUCAGACUGCGCAACUUCCCCAGACGAUUUCGCUGGCCAACAACAUCAUGAACGCCGGUAACAGCAUCCAGGUUCUACAACAGCCGCAACAACACCAACAACAGCAGCAGAUUAUCUCGAUUGGUCCCAAUGGUCAACCGCAGAUUGUAACUGUGACUAAUCCGAACCAGCCACAGCAGCAGCAUUUCAUCCAAAAUCAAUCGCAAAAGAAACAGCUCAUCUUCCCGUCGGUGUCACCCAAGAAGCCGAUCUUGUCCAAGUACGGCCAAACGCCCACCCCGAUCAAAGCGAAGCGAAGUCCUCCUUCGUCGACGGUGACCAACUCCAGCAAGACGGUCCACAUGAAGAAGCAAGAGCCAAUAGCUAUCCAACAAGCGCCAACGUUCCAAACAAUGCAACAACAACAACAGCAGCAACAACAACAGAUCCAGCUGAUCAACACUUCGUACCCGAUGAUCAGGCCAAACAGUGCGGCGACGCCACAGCAAGCAACCACGGCUACGGCCGGAAACCAGAUCAUAUUCCAGCAACCGAAUCAACCCAUACUCGUGCAGCAAGUUGGCGGCAAUCAGAUCUCGUACGUAACCGACCAGAACCAAGUCCAGUAUCUGGCACCGACGAAUGUCCUAACCCAGAACGGGUUUACGCUCAACACCGCAGGCGAUGGGACACUCUCGGCCUCGCCCGCCAACAACAUCCUCAUCCCGAACGGAACCGGAGGCUACUCGAUGAUUCCGGCCAGUGCUCUUCAGUUGGCGACCGCACCACAACCGCAGGUGAUUGGCACGAUCAUCCAGCCCCAAGCAACCUCGAUCCAGUGCGGAAUGAUGUCCACGGAACAGAUGGUCCUGGGAGCGACCGCCGGCACGCCAACGCUGGAAAUGGUCACCGACCCUACGUCGGGCUGCAUGUACUUGACCAGUCCAUCGGUGUACUACGGGCUGGAAACGAUCGUUCAAAACACGGUCAUGUCAUCGCAGCAGUUCGUUUCCAAUGCAGCCAUGCACGGAGUGCUCAGCCAAAACUCGAGCUUCUCCGCCACCACAACGCAGGUAUUCCAGGCAAGCAAGAUCGAACCGAUCGUUGAAGUUCCGACGGGUUACGUGGUGCUCAACAACGACGGAACCACCUCCCAACUGCAAACCUCUAACGGAAUCAUCCAGCAGGCUCAGAUUCAACCGGCACCAACGCCUACCCCCAACCCAGUCGUCAGUCAACCAAUGCAAACGUGGAAGAUUGAACCGCAAACCACGUUCGUUCAGCAACAGCAACAACCCACCGUUGUGAAUCCGCUCAAGUCAACUACGGGAUCGGUCAAGAACAUCAUUCCCAAGACUCAAACGCAACUGAUCAACAAGGUAAUGCCGAACACGAUGAUCAAAACUAACCCGGAACCCACCAUCAACACUUCGAUGAUGGCCCAGAAGGUCAGCUACGCCAACGCUUCCGGCGUGUACACGACUACGGCGGCCGUCACAACGACCACCAAGGUGUCCAACGUGAUCAAGCCCAUAACCAAGACCACCACCGUGAACAAGCCGAAAAUCGUGGCCAAGCCAGUCAAACAGCAUCGCCAGUCUCUGCUGUCUCCACAACCGCAACUACAGCACCAGGUUCAGCAACAGAUUGCCCAAGUCCCGAUCUCCCAACCCCAACUGGUAUCGAUCAAGCCCAGCAUUAACAGCUCGGACAAGUCACUGCUUCAACCAAUCGUGAGCAUCGCUACCAACAAGCUAAACAAUAGUCACCUGAAGAACUCGAUUGAGUUCAUUCCGACGCCGUCAACGAAGUCAACGUCCCUACUGAAGAAGCCCGAAGUUAAGCAUUUCCCACAGCGAAACACUCCGAACUACGCGUACCAAACUAGUCAAGCCCAGCCGCAGCAGCAGCCACAAUCCAUCCAGAUCAGCGCCAUCCCAACCUCCUACAGUCAGAUCCUUCCAACGCCAACGUCCGUACAAACGACGACGCAACCACAACCCCAAAAGUCGCUGCUGAUCGACAAGAAACCAUCCCAGAUCACGAUGUCACUCGCUUCCAGCAGUGCCAGUUCUACGAUGACUCCAUCAAUCCCACCCACGAUGAGCAAUUCGUCGAUCACGAUCACGCCAACGCAAACGGCCAGCAUCACGCUGCCGACGGCUCCGUACCCGAUGCAACCGCUGUACUCCAACAUUCCGACCAACGUGGUCAACCCGAUCCCGCAAUCCAACAACAGUAGCAACAGUAUUAGCAACACGACACCCACCCAGACGAACCGCCCCACGAACCGCGUUCUACCCAUGCAAGCCUCGAUGGUUCUGCCUAAAUCACCCGAAGUCCCGCAGACGCCACCACCGCUGAAACUGCUCAACGGCAGUGGCUUGCCGUGCGAUAAGAUCGACGAAAUCUCGAUCAUUCCCAGUCACACCGCGUUCAGUCCGGAACCGUCACCGCCGGCAUCGGCCAAGGAGGAUCACCUGAAGGGAUCACCGCCCCGCAUGGAGAUCGAGAUCAAACCGAUCGAUCCGAUCGACAUCGGACCGAUGCUUCCGGUGGAAUCGAACCAACACCAGAUGGAAGAACAAUUCGGCCAGCUCGAACCAAGCCCGCAGCCAAGCUUUCACUUGAGUCUGAACAUUGAUCAUCACGGAUCCAUCAUCCCAAUCACGGCGACGACGACGAUGAGCACAAACUCGCUGCUGCCGCCGACCAUCGCCGACAUCGAGAUCAAACCCAUCGAAUCGACGAACGACGAAGUGGACGUCCCAAUGGAGAUGGUCAAGUGUUCGCUGUUUGGUGACGCCGAAGAUAUGAUCGCCAAGAGCAUGCAGCAGGACUCGAUGGACGGUGCGAGCAGCGUAGAUUCGCGCAGCAUGAACGACGAGUCGGAGUCGCCCGAGAUCAAGAACAAGAUUUCGGAGAUUUUGGACAACCUAGAGGCGCAAACCAACGAGGAGGAAGAGUUCAGCGAGUGUCGCGAAUCGGACAGCUCGGAACUGCUGUUGAAGAUUGAGGAGGAACCCGCGCUGGGAGCUUCCAGUCCGAUCAAGAGUCAGGAGGAGCAAAAGCUUGUCGAGGAACUGAACCAGGAGCUGCAAGCCAGCACGCACUCGUCACCGGCAAGCUCGAUCCACCACUCGGAACUGAUCAUCCCGUCGAUCUUUGACCCUGAACCGAAAAAGGACAGCGAUUCCAGCUACAAGGAGAACCUCGACCCGAUCGCGAACCUAGCGAGUCCUGCUCCGAGCACAAGCAGCAACAUGAUGACCACCUGCAGCGAACCACAACAACAGCUGCCGGAAGUGCUGAUCAAGAUGAAGACCUGCAGCCAGCCACCACAGCCCAAAUCGCCCAAGUCCAACAGCCCCAAACUGCUGUACGAGAUCCAAUCGCAGGACGGCUUCACCUACAAGUCCACCUCGAUCGCGGAAAUCUGGGACAAGCUGUUCGAGGCGGUGCAGAUCGCACGCAAAGCCCACGGCCUGCAGCCCCUGCCCGAGGGUCAGCUGGAGGAGAUGGCCGGCGUGCAGAUGCUCGGCCUCAAAACGAACGCCAUCCGCUACCUGCUCGAGCAGCUGCCGGGUGUGGAGAAGUGCACCCAGUACCAGCCCCAGUACCACAAGAAACCGAUGGCGGACAUCACUGCGUCCGUGCUGGGUGGCGCUUCCUCGGCGGCCCUCUACGCGGACUACUUUGACGACAUCCGCGAGAACCCGUACGGGGCGGCCCGCUGCGAGCCGUACAGCGCCCGGUCCGAGUACGACAUGUUCAGCUGGUUGGCGUCGCGCCACCGUAAGCAACCGCCGAUGCCGGUCGUGGCGCAAACCGUCGACGAUACCAUCAUUCCGAGACGUGGCAGCGGAAGCAACCUGCCGAUGGCGAUGCGCUACCGCACGUUGAAGGAAACCUCCAAGGAGUCGGUCGGGGUGUAUCGGUCGCACAUCCAUGGACGUGGGCUGUUCUGCAAUCGGGACAUCGAAGCUGGCGAAAUGGUGAUCGAGUACGCCGGCGAGCUGAUCCGGUCGACGCUGACGGACAAGCGGGAGCGGUACUACGACGGCCGCGGCAUCGGCUGCUACAUGUUCAAAAUCGACGAGAACUUUGUGGUGGACGCGACGAUGCGCGGCAACGCGGCCCGCUUCAUCAACCACUCGUGCGAGCCAAACUGCUACUCGAAGGUCGUCGACAUACUGGGCCACAAGCACAUCAUCAUCUUCGCGCUGCGGCGCAUCGUCCAGGGCGAGGAGCUCACCUACGACUACAAGUUCCCGUUCGAGGACGUCAAGAUACCGUGCUCGUGCGGUUCGAAAAAGUGUCGCAAGUAUCUCAACUAAGAAAAAGAUAAGUGGAGGGUUGGAAGGGUUAGGCAAUAAGCAAUAGCUGGAACGAAAGGGGAACGAAAACGAAAAAAAAGGUGCUGUCCUAGAGACAACGUUGAAUGAUAUUUUAUGAGAAAUGCAUCACAAGAAGCAACUAAUUUGUAGGCACGCAAACUGAACAAAAAGGCCAUAAGUUUGAAAGUUUCCUUUUAUGCUCGAAACUGAAACGUACACAUUUUAGACAUUACAGACGGGGAGUUCCUCCAGAAAAAAAGUGUAUUAUAUAAUCGUAACUAGCAUAUAUGUAACUAUAGUUGUGUAGAAAAUAGUAAUGUUUGUUUGACGUAGAAAGCAGGUUGAAUCCGUGUGAAGUUCGGCGCCCUCCCCCGCGAGGAGAAAGCUCGAACGCUAUUUAUUUCUCAGUGUACAUAUUCUCGCAUGUGAGUGUGCUUUCAAGAUAACACAACCGACAAUGUAUGUAGCAGUUUAGGACAGGACCUCUGUAUUACAACCAACUUACUCUUGUGCACCAAUUUGCGAGUGAAACUUGACCUAAAAAAAACAAGCAGUGUAUUUUAACUUAAACCUCUGAACGUGUUGUCCAACUGUAACAAAAACAAAAGGCAGUAUACUAAACAUAGCUUAAACAUUUUGAA